AAUUUCUACUGAACAUCAAGGGGAUUUUUUUGUCACAAAAAAAUAUAAAUACACAUAAAAUUAAAAUCAAAUCCUUUUGUAAAAGCAGCCAACAACCUUGGCAAUGUAUUUGGCUAAAUCACAAUAAACCAAAUUGAGCGUUAAUAAAUCCACAAUGGCAAGUUCCAGAUCGCAGAAAGAAGUCAAGAAUUGGCCCGGCAUUUUGGACUCUAGCUGUGCCUUAAGACGGUUCUUUUAUCCCACGGCACAGGUUGCCAAAAAGCAAAAGUCGACGGCUGCCCCACCACCUGCUGCCAUUCCCGCAGCCAUGCCAGAUGCCAUACCGGCUUCCUACAACGAGCCUCCGACGGAAAAAAGCACUGGGGCCAGCGCGGCCUCUAUUAUCCGAUCGGAAUAUGUUGCCGCUGAAAAGGAGACCAAGAUUCGCCCGCCGGUGAACGCCGCCUGGCAACUGGCCAGUGAUCCCACAAACCUAGCCAAUUUUGGCCACCGGAAGAGUCGCCAUCUAAAUGACCUCAAGCCGGCAAAGAAGACGGAGCGCAAGGCUUGGGUCUGGGCAGCCAGGCUGGAGCGGCUGGAAAGGGCGGCGAGAAUCGAGAAGUCAGAAUGGAUGGAGGCGCCUCAGCAAUUGGAACAGCCUUCCGUCUCCUCCCAUAGGAUCCAAAGACUUAUGAGACCAUCGAGACCCAAGCCGAAGCCUCCAAUUAGGCCCCCUGCUCAGAGGCUGCAAAGGGCUCAGAAAUGUAAGCCAAGUUGCCCGAAAAUGCCUCGCAAAAAAGUGCCUAAACGAGAUCUGAAAUCCCUGACUCCCAUCUAUCGGCGACGGCAGCCAUGGCGGUUCCAGAAGACGGACAUCCUGGUGGUAGACGCCAAGAGCAAGCCCAUCCAGGAGCCCAAGCGGGAGGCAGCCGGAAGCAGUGCGUCCGUCCGGAGUUGGCAAAGGAGCGACAGCCGUCAUAUGAUGGCAGGUCGUUCCAAAAAAGCAUCCGGUGUGCCAUUGUGCCAACGACCCACCGUCAUCAUGGGCCAGGGCGUCCCCUACACCAGGCAAAUGCAGAUGCGCCAGAAUCAGCUCUUCCAGCAGCCGGAGUACCACGACCAGUACAUGAUCAUGCUGCGGCAGCAACAGCAGCAGCAGUACAAGCUUCAGCAACAGCAUCAGCUGGAGCAUAUGCAGCACAGCCACAUGGAGCAGAGGCCAGGCCGGCAUCCCUACAACUAUCCGAUGAGUGUCCUGGGCGGGAUGAAGCGCAUUGCUCCGUACGCGGUGCCAUCGAAGACCCAAUUCCAACGAAUGAAGCGAGGAAAGCUCCUUUGUGGUAACUUUUACUAUGAUUAGAGGUGAUCUACACCUUGAACUCCUUAGAGGUGAAUAUAGCCUAGAACUUAUCCUGGGAUUUAUUAAAAUGCUAAGUUUGGCUUUUCAGUAGAUCAAA